AUUUAUAUUAUUAUAUAUAUUCUGUGGUUGUAUCUAUUUGAUUACUGAUAUAGCUUUGUAUUUUUUAAUAUUUAUUUAAAAUUUCUUAGUUUUAAUUUGGUCUCAACAUACUCAUUGUCGGUAAAAUAAAUAUAAUUUAGAUUAUAAAACGGGUAUCAACUUUUAAUUAUUUAUCUUUGCUUCCUUUGCCAUAGUGCAUUGAAUGCAAUUCUCUAUUCUACAAACAUUUAGUGGUGAUGGCUGACGAUAUUUUAUUUGAAUUGUUGCAUUCUGAAAUUAUUAAUUAUGCCUUGGAGCAAAACAAGAAUCACAGUGACAAAAAGGAGACAGAUUUAUCAGCAGUGGAGUACAUUGGUUUUGCUGCUGGCUAUAAAAUUAUGGAAAGAUUGACUCGAGAAUGGCCACGUUUUAAAGAUGAGUUAGAUACAAUGAAAUUUAUAUGUACAGAUUUUUGGAUGUGUAUAUAUAAAAAGCAGAUUGAUAAUUUGCGCACUAAUCAUCAAGGAGUUUAUGUUUUACAAGAUAAUGCAUUCAGAUUCCUGACAUACUUCUCAAAUGGCCUCCAAUAUUUGGAAUAUGCUCCAAGAUAUGUAGCAUAUACAUGUGGAUUGAUAAGAGGUGGAUUAGCAAACCUUUGUAUAAACAGUGUAGUUACAGCUGAGGUGCAGUCUAUGCCAUCUUGCAAAUUUCAUAUACAUGUUCAGAGAACAUAAAUUUAUUUAGAACAUUGAUACUGUAAAUAUAUAUGAGAAAUAAAUUAUUGA